UUAUUUCAUCUCUAUUAUAUUGACAAAUUCAAUUAUUUACUUAAAAUUUCCUUUUCUCUGUUUCGUCAAAACAAGAGUAUAAUAAUAAUAUUGUUUCUAUUUAAUUUUAAGCUUUACUUGACAUGAUGAAAUUGAGAACCGCCGCGUAUGUCUACGAAUUCUAAAAGCGCAACGCGAUUUUCCUCACAAAAAAUGUUCAAAAACAAAAGUUUCCACGCUGAAGAAAUUAACAAACAAAAUGCAAAAAGCAGGAAUAAAAGGUCACUAAGUAUACCCUACGAACCUGGGGCAAAAUGGGAAGGAAAGAUAUAUAAACUCGUAGACGGUACGAACUUCGAUCAAUAUAUGGCGGCUCUCGGUAUUGGUCCUGUUUUGCGCAAAAUUGGAAACUCCGUACGACCGGUCAUAGCAUUACGUAAGAAUGGUAAAUAUUACACACUCAUAACGGCCUCGGACUUUACCACGACCAUACAGCGCUUUGAGCUGUGCAUCCCCUUCGAUGAGUUCACUUUAGACGGACGUCAAAUGCGGACCACCUUCUCGCUGUACAACAACGUAUUGAUUCAGCAUCAAAUGGGCGAUAUUCCUUCAACCAUAGUUCGGGAGUUCCACGAAGACAAAAUGAUUGCCAAAUAUAUGGUGAAAGACGUUGAGGCCGUGCGUGUGUUCCAAGCGGCUGAUGAGGAAAUGUGUAGACUGAUUUGGGAGGCAAAUGUCGCGAAGAGAUAUCACAUAUAAAUAGGUAUAUUAAAUAAACUACGGAUUUGUGGAGUGUAUAAAGUCGCAGAUAUUCAAGACCAUCAAAACCCAUUUUAAAAAUAUGGUGAAAGU